GUUGCGUCGAACACAGGAAGUAGAAUUAUCAGCUGAUCCUGCUGGCUGUUGUUGAUGCCUGAAGUUGCUGUUGUUUGGACACUGUGUUGCUCUCAUCUGCUGCUGACAUUGAAGACACAUUAAAUCUGAACAAGGGGACACGGCGGGCACUUACCGGCUGACAGAGUUUAUGAGUUACCAGGGAGAGGACUUUAAAUGAUCGCCAUAGCAACAGAAGAGAAGAGAAGAAGAGCUAGUUAGCAGCCUGAGAGGAACCAGAGAGGCAGCGACGGGCUUUCUUUGUUUAUGUCGUGACAGGCUGAACCACGAUAUUCAUUUCCUUUGUCUUCAAUUUAGAUUUUUUUGUUCGUUAUUUAUAUUUGUACUUUAUUAGCAUCACGCAGAGGGCAGCUAGCUGGUGAGCUAACGUUAGCCUCAGCGCAUAGAAACAGUGUUGUUGUCAGGCUUUGAUGCUUUCAUAACCAGAGACAGACACACAGAUAACAGUGGGACAGUCGGGUUUGGAGACAUUGUUUUUCGUGCCUCUAUUUGUUAGGUGUUUGUCACUGAAUCAAGUCUGUUGGAGACACUUAGACAGCCCUGUAUUACAGAACAAGCUGAUGUUACAUUGAAGCCUGUUGGAGACGUGUUGUGGCUGUUAUCUGUCUGUCUGCUCCUGACGUCCAGUCCAGUGAAUUAGGUCUUUUCUUUAUCUGUAUCGAUUUUAAACCACACAAACACAAAGUGAUAGGUUAACGAACAGCUGGCCUUGUACGUUUUUAGGUUGGCUGGCAGGUUGCGUAAUUUGUUUGUGCCAGCUGUCGGGCUUUGCUGGAUAAUUUGUUAAACUGUUAUUUAAAACUUAUGUAUCUCUGUGAGCCUUAGCUCGUGGCUCUGUGGAUGUCAUUUUGAAUAUUUAAUUAUUUUCUCAUCACAUAUGACGUGAGAAAGUGGCCAGCUUUUACUGUGACCCAUACAUAGAUUGAGUAGGUGUUUGAUGCUCACACAGAAAAAGUAAGCAGAUAGAGUUAUGAAUUAAAGUAGCCAGCUGAAACUAUUGUGAGACUGUGCUGUGAUCGGGGAAAAGAAAGGGUCCCUCGGAGGGUCCCAUUGUGUGUUGAGGUGAGGUGAGCUGACCCCCACUACUUGCCAAUGCUGGAUCUGGAGGUGGUGCCUGAGAGAUCACUAGGAAAUGAGCAAUGGGAAUUCGCCUUAGGGAUGCCAUUGGCCCAGGCCAUCUCUAUUCUGCAGAAACACUGCCGCAUCAUCAAAAAUGUCCAGGUGCUAUACAGUGAACAGACGCCACUCAGCCAUGACCUCAUACUGAACUUGACUCAGGAUGGGAUUAAACUGCUGUUUGAUGCCACAAAUCAGAGACUCAAGGUGAUUGAAGUGUAUGACCUGAGCAAAGUCAAGUUGAAAUACUGUGGAGUCCAUUUCAACUCUCAGGCCAUUGCCCCCACAAUAGAGCAAAUAGACCAGUCAUUUGGAGCUACGCACCCUGGAGUUUACAAUGCUGCAGAGCAGUUGUUCCAUCUCAACUUUCGUGGCCUGUCCUUCUCCUUCCAACUGGAUUCAUGGAAUGAAGCUCCAAAAUACGAGCCUAACUUUGCCAUGGGUUUGGCCUCCCUGCAGAUUCCACAUGGGGCCAUGGUCAAGAGGAUGCACAUCUACACUGGCAACAACCUGCAAGAAACGAGAGCUCCAGCGAUGCCGUUGGCUUGUUUCCUUGGUAACAUCUUUGCAGAGUGCGUGGAUGUCCUGAGAGAUCUGGCAGGGCCUCUGGGGCUCAAACUCCGCCUUCUUACUGCAGGCUGUGGUCCAGGUGUGAUGGCUGAUUCUAAAGUGAGGUCCCUAGAACGGUGCAUCUACUUUGGAGAUUCAUGUCAGGAUGUACUGGGUGCUCUGGGCUCGCCACAUAAAGUCUUCUAUAAGUCUGAGGACAAGAUGAAGAUCCACUCUCCGUCACCUCACAAGCAGGUUCCUUCGAAAUGUAACGACUACUUCUUCAACUACUUCACCCUCGGAGUGGAUAUCCUGUUUGACUCUACAACUCACCUGGUUAAGAAGUUCGUCCUCCAUACCAACUUCCCCGGACAUUACAACUUCAAUAUAUAUCAUCGGUGUGACUUUAAGAUUCCACUAGUCAUUAAGAAGGAAGGAGCUGAUUCUCAGACGGAGGACUGCAUCUUAACCACCUACAGCAAGUGGGAUCAGAUGCAGGAACUGCUCGGUCACCCGAUGGAAAAACCUGUAGUGCUCCACAGGUCCUCAUCAGCCAAUAACACCAACCCCUUCGGCUCUACCUUCUGCUUUGGACUGCAGAGGAUGAUCUUUGAGGUGAUGCAGAAUAACCACAUAGCGUCAGUGACCCUCUACGGUGCUCCACGGACCGCUAGUCAAGCCCGACCUGAGUCCAGUAGUGGUUCCCACUGAACACCACUGAACAAAUAACCAGAACCACAUCCCAUUCUGGCCUGUCCUGAAUCUAGUUCCUCUGCUGACUGAACCUCUAACCCAGAACCAGAUUCUUAACCAAGCAGACCUAACCCAGAACAGCAAAGUAAUUCAUACCCAGCUACUCAUUGAAGAGAAACGCAACCAGAACCCAGAAUAACCAAGUCACACCUGGCAUGUAUCAACUUUUUCCUGGUAGGUCCUAAGACUUAACUCUUCCAAUCAGACACACCCGGUCGGCGCAGUCAACACAACCCAGACUAUCCCAGGACCCAGGAUCUAGUGACAUGGUCGCAGUGCUGGACCACUGAUACUUUGAAAUGAAACUAAUGAAAUGGUUGUGUGGGAAUAUCACGGUGGUGCUGCAAACCGACAUGGUGAAGAAAUUUGUGCUCAAGGAGAGCUCAACUGUUUCAUGUUCCCAUCCAGUGACUGGAUUUGCCCAGAACCACAGAAGAAGAGUUUGUCCAGACUAUAGUUUGGAUGGCAUGGUUCCACCAGUCAGAUGUAAUGGCAGCCUGUAUAUGACAAUAACCUCCAUAACAUUGUGGUGAGAUGAUCAGCAUUUAAUUAUCAUCUGCAACAAAUCUCUAUGAAAACUGCUGUGGCCAAAGAGUUGACACAAACUCUUGCUUGACCCGCUGAAUAAACAUCAACCUACCACACUGCCAGCCCAACCAGUACCGCCUGUCUUCCUGCCACAACUUCAGAACCAGGCCAGACUGGCUCAAUCAAAACCCGGACACAUUUAAAGAACCAAACCCACCCAGCCCAACCAAGAGCCAUCAGAGCCAAACGCAUCGGAAGCUAAUGAGGACUGUAACCAGAAAAACAUGAGAAUCCAGAUUCUGUCGAAUAAGAGAAGAACCAAGCACACUCAGGUUUUGGAGAGACCAGAACACACCCACAACGGCCCGGGUGACCAGAUGUGAAGCCUCUCAAAGCAAAACGAUCCAAACAUGGUCAACAUUAUCGCCUCCCUCUUCAACCUUCCCACUCACGAGUCCUCCAGAUUUCAGUGGUGCCCACAAACACACACAGACACACACUCGAGCACACGGCAGUAAACACUCUAUUAAACCCACCACAGCUGUCGUUAUUUGCAACUCUG